AUUCUCCCUGGUUUAUCAUUUCCUUGCCCUGACUAUGUGUCUCCCCCUACAGGUGAAGGCUGCGUGGCGCCCUCACUCUGUCCGUGUGAGUGGGAGGCCUCUGUUUUCCCCCCUGGGGCCAGCAUCACCCAGCACUGCCAGAACUGGUCAGUCUGUCCCCUCGCUAUCGGUUCAACUCAUACACCGUCACCUGUGUCGUGUGAGGCCAAUUUGACAUGUGGGCUUUUCAUUUGGGGUGUCGAAACGGAUACUUAGUAACACUGGUUCUCAGUUCAGCUUGACUGAUUUCGUCAUUUUACAAACCUGAGAGGAACAUUUGAUUAGUUGUGUGAAUAGCUUUUGUGGUAGGUUAUGUGGCUGGGUGAAUGAAUAGAAAGGAUGCUAACUUCGAUAGUAAGUCGUGUUAGGAUUUGCCCUUUUUGUUUAUGCGUACCUUUUAUGUGUUUUUAUUGGUUUUAUGUAUUCUGUAUGUCUGCCCUCAUCCAGCUCAUGCAUUGAGGGCUUAUGGCAAUGUGAGGGCUCCCCCUGCCCCACUCCCUCCCCCUGUCAGGAGUCAGAAUUCCUGUGCGCGGGGGGGCGCUGCGUGCCCUCCCUAUGGGUGUGUGACAACGAGGACGACUGCGGUGAUGGCUCUGACGAGCUGUGCCCGUCUACCUGUGCCCCGGGGCAGUACCGCUGUGCCAGCGGGCCCUGUGUGGACCUGGCGCUGCGCUGUGACGGGCACCCAGACUGUGCCGACCAAUCAGAUGAAGAGUUCUGCGGGCCUGCCACCCCUGUGCCCCUGUGCCCGCCGGGGGAGUUCCAGUGUGCCAGCGGGCGAUGCCUGCCCGCCAGCCGCGUGUGUGACGGACGCCUGGACUGUGGGUUCGCUGACGGGUCUGAUGAGCAAGGUGGGUGGGAUUGGAAAUGUAUGUCUGUCUAGUGUCCAUAAGUGUGUUUAACUACUCGAUGUGUGUAGGCGUCUGUUUUUGUACAAUUUCAUAUUAGUAUUAACAAGCCUAGGUGUGUAUAUUCAUGUCUAUAAGCAUUUCUGUUCAUGUAUACGUUCCUUCGAUUUUGUACUUUACAUGUAUGAGUCUAUUAUUGUCUUUCCCCCUCAAGUUCAAGUUCAACUGUUUUUGUGUGUGUGGUCAGAGUGCGGGGUGGUGUGUGGCGAGGGGGAGUUCCUGUGUUCAGGGGGCCGUUGUGUGCUCUACCUCCACCGCUGUGAUGGCCAUGAUGACUGUGGGGAUCUGAGUGAUGAGAGGGGGUGUGUGUGCGCCCCGGGAGAGUUCCAGUGCCCUGGGGACCAGUGUGUCCCCACAGACAGGGUGUGUGACGGCCACAAAGACUGUCCCUCUGGCACCGAUGAAGCCGUCUGCCCAACCAAAGGUACAUGACUCCUUACUAUCAGUCCUCACUAUCACUUGAAAAUAAUAGACAUUAUGAUAUGAUACAUUUGACUGCAAUGUAAAAAACAGGUUGACAUUGAGUGAUACAGUACUAAUGACACAUUCCUAGAUAUUACACAUUUUCAAACAACAUUGAGAGCUCUGAGGCCUCUGGAAACACAAUCUGAUCAGCAAAUGUGACUUUAGUGAGUGUGAGUGCAUGCGUGUACCUGUGUGUAUAAAAUUUAAUUAUAAUAACUGGUGGGUGUUUGUAUUUGUCCUAUUUCAUGUGUUUUUUGCAUAUCCCAACUCCCCCUGCGUUGUGUCUAAACCUUUGUUUCUGUGACAGUGACCUGUGCCCCUGGUCAGUUCCUGUGUGCUGAUGGCACCUGUGUGACACCCACCAAGCUGUGUGACGGGGUGACAGACUGCCAGGGCGGAGAGGACGAGGACCAGAACAACUGUCACCCAGUUACCAUGGCCCCAGUUACCAUAGCAACACCCAUCACCCCGACUGCACCCACUUCAGGUAAGAGCAACAACACUGUUUAGAAUGUCAAGAGCGAAGGCUGGCACUCUGCCCAAGAGUUACUCAAGAGUGUCUCCCACACAACUCCAACUCCAACCCCCACCAUAACUCCUACCACAAGGCACUCCUGAAAGGAUUGGAUAGGUAUCUGCAGUACAGACUUAUUACUCAUCAGGAUUGCUGGGUGAAAUAUACUUAAUAUUGCUUCACACAACCAUAUUGCUACAUACAAAUAUACUUCAUACAACCAUCUUAAUCCUCUCAGAUCUAUAAGACCUCCCUAGCUAGGUGCCUUGUGGGUAAGGGACAAACUGACCCCCCUCUCUCUUACCCCAGCCUGCCAGCCUUAUGAGUUUGCCUGUGCCAAUGGGCAGUGUGUGCCCCGGGCUUGGCACUGUGAUGGGGAGACGGACUGUUUGGAUGGGAGUGACGAGCAGGGCUGUCCCUGGGUGUGUGGCCCCGGCCAGGUGCCAUGUCUCAGUGGUGACCAGUGUGUGGACUACCAGCAGCUAUGUGAUGGUAUACCUCACUGUAGGGACGCCUCCGAUGAGAGCGUGGACAACUGUGGUUAGUAAUGCACCUGAUUGAAAUACAUGAAACAUAUAUUUUGUGCUGACACCUACUGGAUAGGAACCAUACUAUAUAAUACAUGCAUAGCAAUACUAAUACAGUGGGGGGGGAAAGUAUUUAGUCAGCCACCAAUUGUGCAAGUUCUCCCACUUAAAAAGAUGAGAGAGGCCUGUAAUUUUCAUCAUAGAUACACGUCAACCAUGACAGACAAAUUGAGAAUUUUUUUCUCCAUAAAAUCACAUUGUAGGAUUUUUUAUGAAUUUAUUUGCAAAUUAUGGUGGAAAAUAAGUAUUUGGUCACCUACAAACAAGCAAGAUUUCUGGCUCUCACAGACCUGUAACUUCUUCUUUAAGAGGCUCCUCUGUCCUCCACUCGUUACCUGUAUUAAUGGCACCUGUUUGAACUUGUUAUCAGUAUAAAAGACACCUGUCCACAACCUCAAACAGUCACACUCCAAACUCCACUAUGGCCAAGACCAAAGAGCUGUCAAAGGACACCAGAAACAAAAUUGUAGACCUGCACCAGGCUGGGAAGACUGAAUCUGCAAUAGGUAAGCAGCUUGGUUUGAAGAAAUCAACUGUGGGAGCAAUUAUUAGGAAAUGGAAGACAUACAAGACCACUGAUAAUCUCCCUCGAUCUGGGGCUCCACGCAAGAUCUCACCCCGUGGGGUCAAAAUGAUCACACGAACGGUGAGCAAAAAUCCCAGAACCACACAGGGGACCUAGUGAAUGACCUGCAGAGAGCUGGGACCAAAGUAACAAAGCCUACCAUCAGUAACACACUACGCCGCCAGGGACUCAAAUCCUGCAGUGCCAGACGUGUCCCCCUGCUUAAGCCAGUACAUGUCCAGGCUUGUCUGAAGUUUGCUAGAGUGCAUUUGGAUGAUCCAGAAGAGGAUUGGGAGAAUGUCAUAUGGUCAGAUGAAACCAAAAUAGAACUUUUUGGUAAAAACUCAACUCGUCGUGUUUGGAGGACAAAGAAUGCUGAGUUGCAUCCAAAGAACACCAUACCUACUGUGAAGCAUGGGGGUGGAAACAUCAUGCUUUGGGGCUGUUUUUCUGCAAAGGGACCAGGACGACUGAUCCGUGUAAAGGAAAGAAUGAAUGGGGCCAUGUAUCGUGAGAUUUUGAGUGAAAAGCUCCUUCCAUCAGCAAGGGCAUUGAAGAUGAAACGUGGCUGGGUCUUUCAGCAUGACAAUGAUCCCAAACACACCGCCCGGGCAACGAAGGAGUGGCUUCGUAAGAAGCAUUUCAAGGUCCUGGAGUGGCCUAGCCAGUCUCCAGAUCUCAACCCCAUAGAAAAUCUUUGGAGGGAGUUGAAAGUCCGUGUUGCCCAGCGACAGCCCCAAAACAUCACUGCUCUAGAGGAGAUCUGCAUGGAGGAAUGGGCCAAAAUACCAGCAACAGUGUGUGAAAACCUUGUGAAGACUUACAGAAAACGUUUGACCUGUGUCAUUGCCAACAAAGGGUAUAUAACAAAGUAUUAAGAAACUUUUGUUAUUGACCAAAUACUUAUUUUCCACCAUAAUUUGCAAAUAAAUUCAUAAAAAAUCCUACAAUGUGAUUUUCUGGAUUUUUUUCUCCUCAUUUUGUCUGUCAUAGUUGACGUGUACCUAUGAUGAAAAUUACAGGCCUCUCUCAUCUUUUUAAGUGGGAGAACUUGCACAAUUGGUGGUUGACUAAAUACUCUUUUCCCCCACUGUAUAUGCAUUAUAUACAGUAUGUACAGCAAAUAUAUACACACCAACACGAGUACAUGCAUCCCAUAAAUGAAUAUUAACAGAUGUUUGUAAAAAGAGCACCAUCUGGGGGUUUUUAGGCUCCGCAAGGAUCCCACCUUGCCCUGGGAGCUUCCCAUGUGACAACCGCACGUGUGUGAACGCAACUCAAGUGUGUAACGGAGUGGCCGACUGUCCACACGGAGAGGAUGAGCUGGUGUGUGGUGAGUUGUGAGAGGAAAAGAGAAUCUAAUGCGAUGCACAAACCAUCCCUCAGAGCCAUGGAGCUCUGCAAACCUAGUUUCAGAUGGUCAAUUUCACUGACUUUUCAAUGUUGUUUGAUUGAAUUGAGCCCCAUAGUCUGUGGUUGUAUUCUCCUGUAACUAGAUAAGACCAGCCCGUCCCCUGCUCCCCCUGGUGAUAAGAACACCAGUCACACCUGUCCUGAGUUCACCUGCCUGGACGGAUCCUGUGUCUCCUUCAAAGCAGUAAGAUUCCCCUAACCAAACAUUUUACUUCAGUGCUUUAAAACAUUAAACAAAACAAAUGCUUCAGGCCAAAAAUACGCAGCACAGUAUAAUAUCAUACCAUGUCAUUUAUUUGUAUAUACCUGGGUCAUGUUCAUUAGGACAUGCAACAGUAAAAACAUUUUACAACAGAAAAUAUUUCAGUUUCAGUCGUUUUUCUUCUGUUUGGUGCCUGAUGAAUAUGACCCUAGUAUUUUUUGCAAAUAAAGUGCUGCCCUGAAUGUUCAAGGCCCAAUGCAGACAUUUUUAUAUCAAUAUCAAAUCAUUUCUGGGUAACAGUUAAGUACCUUACUGUAAUAUAUUUCCAUUAAAACAGGUAAAGAAAGUUUUAUAGCAAAACAUUUUCUUUGCUAGAACUGUCUGGGAGUGGUCUGAGUGGGGAGGGGAAAACUGAAAACUAGCUGUUAUUGGCAGAGAGGUUUGGAACUCUCUUUGUUUAUUGGUCUAUUAACCAAUUUGCCGCAUGGUGAUGUCACCAUGGAAAGCCGAAACUCACGCCCAUGCAAACCUGCUAUUUAGAAGGUCAAGUGUAUAUUAUAUUUUCAACCAGUAACUAUCAAGAAAUAACACUGAUCAUUUUUUUUCAAGCUUUUACAGUGUUAGAUUGAUCAGCUGUAUGAUAUAAAAUGUGACAUAUGAAAUAAAACACAGGAAAAACUGAAUUUUGACUGCACUGAGCCUUUAAGUAGAGUGAUCUAGGUGUGGUUCUAGUUUUGGUUCUUGGUGUGUGUUCUAGGUGUGUAAUGGCAUGGCAGACUGUGCUGACUCCCUGCUGGGGUCCUUAGGGGGGCCCUCUGAUGAGCAGGGCUGUAGGAGCUGGGCCCCAUGGGGCCCCUGGAGUCCUUGUAGCCUCUCCUGUGGGACAGGCUCCAUGAGCAGGCAGAGACUCUGCUCCCUGGGGGACGCCCUGGGUCAGUGCAGAGGGGACGACACCCAGAGACAGCAGUGUUUCAGCACGUCAUGUCCUGGUGAGAGAUGGGAGAGACAAGACAUAUGGUGGCUGUUGUUAUCAUAUGUGAUAUUAGUCAGCAGCAGUAGUACCUUCAUCAUCAUCCUCAUCAUCAUCAUGUUUGUCUUCACAAUCAGCAUCGACAUCAUCAUCAUCAUCAUCGCAAUCAUCAUUUCAUUUUACAUUUACAUUUUAGUAAUUUUUUUGCAGACGCUCUUAUCCAGAGCGACUUACAGUAGUGAGUAGCAUCUUCAUCAUCUUCAUCAUCAUCAUUGUCAUUUGAAUCUUCAUUAGAUUUGUUAUCUUUGUUCGCCAUCAUAAUCAUCAUCAUCAUCAUCACUUGUUAUUUAUCACAAUGUGAACCCUCUUUGCAUGACAUACUUGCCUCUUGUCAACAGUGGAUGGGCAGUGGUUGCCGUGGGUGACGUGGUCUAACUGCUCUAAGGAUUGUGGGGGUGUGGAGGUGAGGCAGAGGGGGUGCAUCCCACCCCAGAACGGGGGCAGAGAUUGCACCCAGCUCCCUGGAGAGUCUACCCUGGCCACGGAAAUCAGUAAGUCCACUAAGACUGAAAUAUAUUUGACCAGAUAUGGAAAGACUAAUAAUUGAUUAAGUUCCAUGAAAUGAACUGCAAAGUCAAGCUUUCAUCCUCUCUUACAUUGUCUCUCUCUCGCUACCCCCCCCCCCCCCCCCCCCCCCCCCCAGAGCCUUGCCCUGAAGAUGGCUGUGCCAACGUCACAUGUCCUAGUGGCCUGGUGAGACUCAGCUGUGCCCCCUGCCCAGUGUCAUGUGGCCACAUCAGCAGUGGCUCCAUCUGUGACACGACUGCACCAUGUUUCUCAGGUCAGAGAACAGGAGAGGAGGAUGUGCUCUAUAAUCAAUAAUCAAUAUCACAUUUAUUGGCUGCAGAUCCCAAGACAACAGAACGCUUACCAACAUGGAGAAUAGAGGAUGACUGACAGUUGAUAUAAAGCACUGAGUUUAGCCACACAAUGCAAAGCUCAAACAUUUGUUCAUGCUGGGGAGUUGUUGUAUUUCCAAGCCCUAGUCUUCACUAUUCUUCACUUUACACCCUCCUCCUCAUCCCUCCUCCUCAUCCCUCUCCCCUGCAGGUUGCUGGUGUCCAGAGGGUCGGGUGAUGAACCAUGCCCAGCAGUGUGUGUUGCCGGAGGAGUGUGUGUGUGAGGUGGCCGGGGUGCGGUACUGGCCUGGGCAGCAUGUCAAGAAGGACUGUGAGAUCUGUACGUGUGAGAGAGGCAGACCUCAACACUGCCAGCCAAACCCAGAAUGUUCAGGUUAGUCUACACAACACUACACAGUACACCCUACUGUUAGGUUGUGUUCAGUUGGAAGAAAUGUUAUGGAAAAUAGUGUACUUAUAUGGAGAGAUUGUACCACUUCCUGUUUCAAAAGCACUUUUAGUCCCUACAUCUUUUCUCAUUUCCUGUCUCUUAAACAAGACCCAGGCUUCACCUUUGUUCAAGUUCAAGUUAAAAAAUGUAACUGUCUGUACAAGAUUCUGUAAAGGCUUAUGAAAACAAUACAGAGUGUACUUGGACAAGAUGUCUAGUCUGUACUAGACUGCUGCAUCACUGACUGUCUGUGUUUUGCCGGCAGAUGGCCUAGCGGUUGUGUUGGGCCAGGAACCAAAACCCUCAUUGCUCUGGAUAAGAGCAUCUGCUAAAUUAUUACAAUGUAACAUAGCGUGUGUGUGUGUGUGUGUGUGUGUGUGUGUGUGUGUGUGUGUGUGUGUGUGUGUGUGUGUGUGUGUGUGUGUGUGCCAGUCCACUGUGGUUGGUCGACGUGGUCAGCUUGGGGGGAGUGUUUGGGACCGUGUGGGGUCCAGAGUGUCCAGUGGUCCUUCCGCAGUCCCAACAACCCCAGUAACCAUGGCAAUGGGAGAAAGUGCCGAGGAAUCUACCGGAAAGCUCGCCGGUAAGGGACACAGUACACAUUAAAUCACAUUCAUCAUGUUUAUACAUGAUGAUAAAUAAAUCUACAUACACUACAAUACGUUUGAAUGUUUGUUUAACACAUUGCCUUUCCUGUCAACUUACAGACAUUUCAAUAAGACAUUCUGCAAGUACCAGUGAUACUUAGAAAUGGUUAAGGAGUGGAAUUCCUUUACUCCCAUACAUUUUUGGAACAUCCUGCACUCUGGAGUCUGGCAGAGGGAUGGUAACAUGACACCGUGUGUGUGUGUGUGUGUUUGUGUGCGUGCCUGCGUCUGUGCGUGUCUGUCCCCAGCUGUCAGACCGAUUCCUGUGAGGAGUGUGAGUUCCAAGGCCAGUCCCAUGCAGUUGGGGACCGAUGGAAGGCGGGCCAGUGCCAGCUGUGCCACUGUCUACCCAACCUCACAGUGCAGUGUGCCCCCUACUGCCAACAUGCUGCCACUGGCUGCCCCCAGGUCAGAAACACUGAGGUUUACAGUAACUGUGCGUGUGUGUGUAUGUGCAUCUGUGUGUGUGUGCUUGUGUGUUUGCGUACGCCCAUGCCAGAAUACCUUAUGUUAAAAAUGUGUUUUUCUAGCACUGUUUGACUAAGAGGGUUCUUAUCUAAAGGAAAUGUUUUAGCCUGUGUGUUUCCUCAACCACCUCAAAAAAAGUAUCUAUAAUUCUGUUGACACAUGACUCACUAGUUUCCUGUCAUGGCCCUGUGUCAUAGCAACAGUCGAAUAGUGUAUUUUGUCUUGCAGGGUCAGAGUCUGGUUCCAGGGGAAGGUGACAUGUGUUGUUAUUGUGAAGGUAACUAGUAUCUACAGUACUAACCAUAUGUUCCCCUUUUGUCAAUGAUUCCAACGCUCAAUAUUAAGCUGGAAAAAAAGCAAUAUUUGACUAAAAUGUUAGCUGAUAUGAUAGCUGGUGAAGUGUGUAUUUGAAAUGGAAACCUGAAGUAGGUGUUAUAUCUGACUUACCAAACACAGUUAACCUAGACAGAGGAUAUUAGGUGGUGACAGAAUGCCAGUGGGAAUGGGAUUUUUCAGUGCUGAAAUUCUCCCUAUUGUCAGGUGACAUUGGCACCAUUUCAGUGGCAACGACACCUGCGACUGUGUCAGUGAGUGUCCAACCCUCCACCCCAACAGAUGGCAGUAUACCCCUGGUCCCCACAUACCCCCUUCCACCUGGAGGUCAGUAUCUUUGAUCUAUUUAACAAUUUAUUUGAAUAGGGACCGAUACAAUGAAAACACAAAUUGAUUUAACAAUAAUCAGAUGCAUUGUCCCACAUUUUAGCUUGCUAGCUUUUUGUCAUUGCAUCUGGUUUAUGAAUCAUUUUUUAUCUGAUGUAAAGACCACUGAUGAAUAUUGUUGGAGAUCUACCAAAUUGUAACGCAAUAUUUAAUCUGUUGAUCGGUGGUAUUUGUAGUUUAUCAAAUAUAUUUGUAAGUAUGCUGUUUUUGUGCUUGUAUAGAGGAGUGCUGGUCACCCCUGGGGGUCCAGUCUCUCCCUGACUCCAGCUUCAGUGCCUCCUCACACCAGUGGGGUCACCCUCCACGGGCAGGGCGUCUGUACGCACGGGACCCCCACAAGGACCUGCAGGGCUGGAGCCCUGACACAGAGCAGUACAGGGACCUUCCUCCAGGGGCCCCCGAGGACCACAGUGGAGCUGUGCAGGCCCCAUAUCUCCAGCUGGACCUGCUAAGACCCCACAACAUCACUGGUAAUGAACCACUUCAACCAAACCAAAACAAAUCAAAUCAGGGGGUCAUAUAGCUUGCAGCCAAAUAAUGAGAGGGAUACUAUGUGUGCCUGUGUACAUGCACAAGUUAGUAUUAUAUGGGUGCUAGUUAUUCAUGAUAUAAAAACUCUAUCAAUGUUUUCUCUUCCUCUACAUACUCACUAUUUCUCUCUAUCUCUCCCUCUCUGUGUCCACCAGGUGUGCUGACUCAAGGGGGAGGUGUGUUUGACACCUACGUGUCCAGCUUUUACCUGCAGUUCAGUAACGAUGGCAGACAGUGGUACACCUACCAGCAGCUGAUUGCUGAUGCCCGCCCCAGAGCCAAGGUGCCCACUACCCAUCAACCCUAGCACCAACUACUUUCCAAUGUCUAUUCUAGCAUGCCCACUUCAUUCUAGGAAGUAUGCUAGUGUAGAUAUUGGAACAGAGCAAAACUCUAAUUUGCUGUUGAAUUUCACAGGAAUCCAUUUUCUCUCCCAUCAUCCAAUUGAGGUCGUUAUUGUAAAAGAGAAUGUGUUUUUAAUUACUUUCCUGGUUAAACAAAGGCACACAAAAAAUCCAAUCAACUUUAAUGUUGAUGCCCCAGGUGUUCUUGGGUAACCGUGACGACCGGAGUGUGUCCUACACCAGGCUGGACAGGAUGGUGUUGGCUCAGUUUGUACGUGUGCUGCCACAUGACUUCCAGAACGGCAUCUACCUUCGCUUGGAACUCAUGGGCUGUGGAGAUGGUGUGUGUUGGACGAAGUAUUUACAGUUGUGUGUAUGCAUUGGUUUGAAAAGCUGCUACAUUUUCUAUAUUUGAAAAACAAAUGUAAAUCUACCAGACAUCAGCAAAACAAUAAGAAUAUAUGCUAUAGAGUCAAUGUAAGUACAAAUGGUUACAAAACAAUAACAGUCCCCCUUUACACUCCUCCUCCACUCCCUAGGUUCCCGCUGGCUAUCCACCCCCUCCCCUCUCUCCCCUCUCUCCCCGUUCACCCCGGCCCGGCCCUGCAGAGCUAGAGAGUUCCAGUGUGGUAACGGGCGCUGUGUCCCCACGGGGCCCAAGGGGGUUGUCUGUGAUGGGAUCAAUGACUGUGGGGACGGAUCUGACGAGCUGCACUGUGGUCAGUUCUGAUAUUUACCCAGCAUGACUUGGCUAGUGAUAUGGUGAUAGUAGUGACAUAGUGAUAGUAGUGAUAUGGUGAUAGUAGUGAUAUGGUGAUAGUAGUGACAUAGUGAUAGUAGUGACAUGCAUUAAUCAGAGUUAUCAGAUAGUUAGACAGACAGCGUACAUGAAGCAAGGCACAGUAUGCUGAGAAGCAUAACCAAAUCCAUUGGUUUCAUGCAUUGAACAUUUUUACAGGUACUCAGCCCUCCCCUACAUCUACAAGCCCACGGGGCUGUCCCAGAGGUCAGUACUCCUGUCCGCCACCAGGGGGCUGUAUCGAUGCAGCGCUGCGCUGUGACGGAAUCCCCCACUGUCCCAAUGGAGAGGAUGAGAUAGGAUGCCACCCUCAUGAUAAUACCACCCAGGCAGGGAGGCCUUACAGACCCACACCAGCUCCUCUAAGGACUCCUAGUAUGGCCGCUGUCACUCUGCCUAAGACUACCCCUACACCAACAGUAGGUCAAGGCACUCCUGAUACUAUUGAGUGUGAAUGAAUGAAUGAAUGAAUGAAUGAAUGACAUUUUCUUUUCGUGUCAAAUCGCCAAUUGGCAACCCAUCCCUUAUGGGAUUAAUUGACACACAAACAAACAUUACAAUAAUUCACUGUGGUAAUUAAAUGAUAAGUGUGUAUUCAUGUUUUCUGAGGUUGUGUGUCUUUUGUUUUCAUGUUACAAUAACCUUUCUUUUUUUCUAUACCCCACAGGCAGGUGGCCCUGGGUAUGGAGGUCAGUUGGACAUGGAUUGGACAUGAAGUUGUUUAGAAUAGUGUCAUUGUUGAAUUUAGCUUAUGUGAAAUUAUUAUUUAAAGGAAUCAACUUUUGACUAGAAAUGAAAAUGAUAGAUUGUGGCUUGAGGUACUGAAGUAUCUGAAUUGGGAUGCAUGCAGGCAUCUGUUCCUCUGCACUGGGAUUGGAGGACGGGAAGAUUCGCUACGGUCAGCUGACCUCGUCCACCCAACGUGAGAACAACCCUGCGGAUGCCGGGCGCCUCAACAUUGUGCCUAACGUGUGAGUUCUCAAAACCAAUAAUGUAUCAAUAAUUACAUAUUUUCUUGUUCUUGAAAUAUUUUGUUAUUGACUUGUUAUUUGCAUAUUUGUUAUCGACAAAUGUUCUUAUUAUUACGUCUUAUGUUGGUCUCAUCAUCUCAUAGUCUGAUCAUGGAGGUUAUUGACUUGUUAAUUACAUAUUGACCUAUUUUCUCAUUCAUUUGUCUCAUGUCAGUCUGAUCAUGGAGCCUGGAUGGAGCCCCCUGCCAGGCGACCCUCAGCCCUACCUCCAGGUGGACCUCCUAGAGCCCACCUGGGUGUCUGGUGUGGUGACCCAGGGCAGUGAGAGGAUGUGGGGCUACCUCUCCAAGUACCGUCUGGCCUUCGCCCUGGUCCAGAGUCACUUCACUGACUACACCGAGACUGGAGAGAGGGGCAGUCCUGCCAAGGUAGUAAUGAUUAUGACCAUAAUACACUUUAUUUGUAAAGUACUUUUUACAUCUCAGGUAGGUACCAAACCUCUGGAAUGACAGAGCAGUGCAAUUAUGUUUUUCUUCUUCAAAAUCAAUGUUUAAUGAGCUUCAGUAAGAUGGGGAAAACAGAAAAUUGCAUAAAAUCAGUGCUUUUGUAUUGUAACCUAUGUGAUCUUGACAUGAUGAGAAAUAAUUGUUGAUAUAUUUACAUUAGGUCAUAUUUAUGAUCAUAAACCUUCUACAAAUAGUUCCACUGAUACAUGUGAUAUUAGCUCCAACUGUGCUGCAGUAUCAGUUUACUGUUCCACUGUUACAUACAGAGGUGGUAUCAACUCUAACUAUGCUGUUCCACCACUACAGAGAAGAUGUCACGGCACACAGGACAGGAGAGAUCCUCCUCUGGGAGAGACGAUCUAGAAGCCAUUUUGUCUCCUCUGUAAUGUUUAUUUGUCUUUAUUUAAGCAGUUAAGUCAUUGAGAACACAUUCUCUUUUACAAUAACGACCUGAAAGUCAGAAGAGAAAUCCAAGGUGAAGCCUUUAUAAUUGACUUGAAUCAGUUGAUUUAAAAGCACAACUUUUUGUCCAACCUCUUCUCCUUGUCUGUGUACAAGGUGUUUGAGGUGCGGAUGGUGGGCAGGACCCCGGUGACGCGUUGGCUUGGGAGGCUGGUCCGAGCUCGCUACCUCCGCAUCAUCCCAGUAGAGUUCAGACACACCUUCUAUCUCCGCGCAGAGAUCCUAGGCUGCAAAGGGGGUAAGAGGUCUGACAUCAGUCGGCAGAAAAGUUGAGCAAAUAUUUGAAAUGGAAGAGCUUGUGUCUUUUUUGUCCUUUAAAACUUUUUCUCCUGUUUGUGCCUAUUGAGCGCAAACUAGAUGCACUCUCCAUGAUACAGUACAUCACACUUAUCACACAAGUAUUAUUUUCUCAUCCCCAUCUGUCAGUCUAAUGUAAGGAUUCACCCUAUAUAACAGAUGAGUUGGUGACCCCUAGCAGCGCCACAACUCCCCGUGGUGUUGGGGUGGUGACAGUGAAGCGCUGCUACCCGGGCCAGUUUGCCUGCCACACUGGGGAGUGUGUUCCUGUGUCUGUACUGUGUGACGGCCGACUGGACUGCAAAGACCACUCGGACGAGAUCAACUGUGGUGAGUAGGGGUCACCGAUGUGUUUAGAAUAUGGAACCAUGCAAUAUACACGUGUUACUGAGAGGAUGAAAGUCUAUUUUCCAAUGUAAACAGAGUAAUAACAUUGGAACAUUGGCACCCAUGUCUGUACUAUUGCAAUCUUUCAAGAACUGAUUACAUCACCACUUCAAUUUCUCAAGUAUAUCUGGAACUGAUAUGAAGUCAAAUGCACAAAUGAACCACUCUCUACACUUCAGGCACAGUGCCCACCAGGGGUCAACCCGGGGUACACACCAAGGAGCCCCAGGAUGGCCGCCCUGGCAUUGCCACCACGGGCACCCCAGGUCUCAGUCCUGACAGCUCUGGGGGCACAGGGGAACCAGGGGUUCAUGGGUUCACCACCCCCAGGCCAGGGCAGUGGACAUCCAUAUCCACAGGGUACCCAGGGGUUGGGCCCAGCACCCUCCACCCCGGAAUACCUGGACUGCAGUCUACAACAGGUGAGAUUCUAAAAGAAAACUAUUACUAGUGGCCUGUUUUUUAUCUUGUUAUCUAAGAGUGUGUGUGUGUGUGUGUGUGUGUGUGUGUGUGUGUGUGUGUGUGUGUGUGUGUGUGUGUGUGUGUGUGUGUGUGUGUGUUUGUACACUAUAUGUAAUGUGGUGCUUGACAUGAUCCCUGACAUAGCAGAUCUGGUAUUUUAACCAGUGUUCUCAAUUGACCCAUAAAAGCCCAGGUAUUUAUGAGUCUGGAGCACAGGUACUUCAGGCCUGAGGAAGGAGACGUCACUGUACAAUGCUAACUAGCCAUCUCGCUACAUGUUUAUGUGCUUGUUGGUUUGUUUAUCCCUAGCUCUCUGGGUCACCACGACCGCCCAUGAUGGGGGCCUACCCAGAGUCCUGUGCGUGGAGGGCCAGUUCUCCUGCAGGCUGUUUGGCUGUGUGGACGCUGCGGUGGUGUGUGACAGUCACCAGGACUGUCUGGACGGCUCUGAUGAAGACCACUGUGGUACAGUACAUGUCACCAGAGUCUGGUUCAAUUUACCCCCUUCUCCUCUCCUCCUCUCCUCCUCCUCCUCCUCCUCCUCCUCCUCCUCCUCCUCCUCCUCCUCCUCAUUGUCAUCAUCAUCGUCAUCAUCAUCAUCAUCAUCUUCUUCAUCAUCAUAUUUGACUCACAGAUUACAUGAGUUGACCUGAAAAUGUGACAGCAUCAACUAUUACCAUUGCCUUGCCUAUACUGACAGACAUAGGAGGGUGUUGUAUCACCUAUUGCUCACUGUAAUAGUCCUGAUCAUAUUCCUGCUCUUCCUCAGGUACUACAUCAAGGCCAGCAGUGACGACACGGCGCCCCCUGGUGCCCAGCCCCUGCUCCCCCAAGCAGUUCUCCUGUGGCAGCGGGGAGUGUGUGCACCUUGACAAGAGGUGUGACCUGCACAGGGACUGUGCUGAUGGAUCAGACGAGCGAGACUGUGGUACGGCAAGCCGGGAGGGUCAAAACUGGGGGGCUGAUUUACAUUUCAGUAUGAUUUACAGUAGAUUGCAUUGAAUACAUUACAAAGUAAAGUACAUGGAGACCUUACAAAAAAAGUGCUGCAUUGCAUCCAUAAAGGGCAAGGUAAUGUCAUCUGUCCUUGUCUGUGACAUUGUCCCCUGUCAUUGUCCAGGAUCAUUGUCCAGUAAUGGUCAUUAAUUAAUCAUUAAUCAUGAUUAUUGAUGGUGUCUAUCUGUCUGUCUGUCCCCUAGUGAACUGUAUCAUGUCAGCGUGGACAGGCUGGAGCCAGUGCAGUGUGACGUGUGGCCUGGGUUCCCUGUUCCGCCAGAGGGAGGUCCUGAGAGAGGCGCUGGCCGGGGGAAUGUGUGGGGGCGCCCAGUUUGACAGCCGAGCCUGCUUCCCUAAGGCGUGCCCCGGUGAGGGGGCACCCCGAGAUCUGACCCUCUCUUUGACUGUUUUUGUCUGUCAUCCUCUCUUUUGACUGUUUUUGUCUGUCAUCCUCUCUUUUGACUGUUUUUGUCUGUGUCAUCCUCUCUUUUGACUGUUUUUGUCUGUCAUCCUUUGUUUUGACUGUUUUUGUCGGUGUCUUCCUCUCUUUUGACUGCCUCUUCUCAAGAUCUGUCAGUUUUUGUUUUCUUUCUUUCUGUCUCCCUUCUCUCUCUUCUUGUCUCUGUACUCAUUCUUUCUCUAUCUCUCAUCUCUCAAUUGCACUCUCUUUUGUUUUACACUAAAGUGCUCUAUAAGUGCUUUCAUUUUUGCCAACGCAAAGACUCCAACAAGCCCUGCUCAUUCAAAGUUCCUCUGCUUUCUCCUUCUCUCCCACCUCCCCCAUCCCUGCAUCUCUCAUCUCUCUAUCUCAGUGGACGGUCAGUGGUCAGAGUGGAUGGGCUGGUCCCUGUGUGACACCCAGUGCGGGGGAGGGCUGAGGGGGAGGAACCGGACCUGCUCCAAUCCUCCCCCUAAGAACAGGGGGCGUGACUGUGAGGGGAUGAGGCUGCAGACCCAGAGCUGUAACAGCCAGCCCUGCGGCCCCAACACAGACUCACAGACAGGUGAGAUGCAUAUAAAUGCGAUAUGUUUUCGACUGUCCCCAUAGGAGAAUCCUUUUCGGUUCCAGGUAGAACCCUUUUUGGUUCCAGGUAGAACUCUUUUGGGUUUCAUGUACUGUAGAACCCUCUGUGGGAAGGGUUCUGCAUGGAACCCAAAAGGGUUCGACCUGGAACCAAAAGGUUUAUUCAAAAGGUUCUCCUAUGGGGACAGCCAAAUAACCCUUAUUGGUUCUAGAUAGCACCUUUUUUUCUAAGAGUGUACAGAUGAUCAUGUUGCCUUAUGGUUUGAUCAUGUUGUCUUAUGGUUUGAUCAUGUUGUCUUAUGGUUUGAUCAUGUUGCCUUAUGGUUUGAUCAUGUUGUCUUAUGGUUUGAUCAUGUUGUCUUAUGGUUUGAUCAUGUUGUCUUAUGGUUUGAUCAUGUUGUCUUAUGGUUUGAUCAUGUUGUCUUGGACUAUGGUAGGUUUGUAACAUUCUAUAAAAACAAUAUGAAUUCUGUGGCACACACAAUUGAAUGGGCAAUUUCCCAUUAAAUUGUUACUGAUAAUAGUGAAACUUAUCAUGUCAAUUGCUUGCUGUCUAGGCUGUACUAAAGGCAUGGUGGUGGUAAGAGAGGCAGACUGCCAGUCUGGUAGAGUGGAGCCAUGUCCCCCCACCUGUUCACACCUACACUACCCCAACUGCACCUCCCAAUGCAUCACAGGUAUUACGUGGUGUGUGUGUGUGUGUGUGUGUAUGUGCGUGCGUGCUCGUGCAUACAUACAUGGGUAUAUGCAGUGUGUGUGUGUGUAAGCAUUCAUGUGUGUGUCUGUCUGUAGUUAACGCUCUUCUGUCUCUCUACCCAGGUUGUCGCUGUCCGGCUGGUUUGUUCCUACAGGAUGGGCGCUGUGUGAACGCCAGUCAGUGUGUGUGCCACUGGGAGGGACUGGCACUGCAGCCUGGACAAGAGGUCAGCAAGGACAACUGCAGCACAUGGUGAGACGCACACCACACACACACACACAACACCAAGCCUGCCUACAACCCACAUCAUUCCUGAGCUUACAGUCAAUAGUUUUGUUGCGUUGUGUUGUCGUUGUUAUGUCAUGUUGCUACAUGUUGUCCCUCUUCUUCUCUCCCUCUCUACCAGUGUGUGUGAAGAAGGCCGUGUCUCCUGUGACAACUCCAGCUGUGUGGCCAGCUGUGAUUGGUCAGCGUGGUCCUCCUGGACAUCAUGUGACAGCUCCUGUGGGGUGGGACUACAGCAGCGCUAUAGGUGGGUUCACCUCACCAGCAUCCCAUCAACAGUGACACAUAAACCAUUGUGUGGCUCAUCAUGUGUCUCUGAUGGCUUUCUGUCCCUGUCCCCUGUCCUCUGUCAUCUGUUCCCUGUCCCCUCUCCUCUGUCCUCUGUCGCCUCUCCUCUGUCAUCUGUCCCCUAUCCUCUGUCCUCUGUCCCCUGUCCCCUAUCCACUGUCCUCUGUCAUCUGUCCCCUAUCCUUUGUCCCCUGUCCCCAUCCCCUGCCCCCUGUCCCUGUCCCCUAUCCCCUAUCCCCUGUCCUCUGUCAUCUUUCCUCUAUCCCCUGUUCCCUGUCCCCUCUCCCAGGUCCCCUGUGAGCCCAGCAGGAGUGGUGAGAGUCCAGCCCUGUCCUGGGGACUCCUCAGAGGCUCGUCAGUGCUUCACCCCCUGUCCCCCUGGUAAGGAUGAGGCGGUGUGGGGGGAGUGGACGGCCUGGUCAGAGUGCAGUAAGACCUGUUUCCACCACGUGGACGAGGUUGGGCUGAGGAGGAGGUUCCGCACCUGUAACACACCCACAAACACACACACCUACACACACACCAACAUACACAGCUACACACACACCGACUGUGAGGGAGACGCAGAGGAACAGGAGCCCUGUAACACCGUGCACUGCCCAGGUACAUCCUCCACACUCACACUUUAUGUUUUGUCCUGCAUCCACCAUAUUGCUUUCUCAGAUCAGUGUAGAUGAAAGGUAGGAUAAAACGUUACACUAUUGAGAUACAACCCCCCCCCCCCCCCCCCCCCCCCUGUCUCCCCCUCCUCCCCAGUGAAUGGCGGCUGGUCGGAGUGGUCCCCAUGGUCCCCGUGCUCGUCAGAGUGUGACUCGGGGGCUCAGACCAGAGAGCGCUUCUGCAGUUCCCCUCCUCCACAGCACAGGGGCAGCACCUGCCCAGGGCCUCACAUCCAGACCCGAGACUGCAACUCCCACCCCUGUUCAGGUAAUUAACUGGAAUCAUACACACAUUCUGGAAUCAAACACACAUUCUGGAAUCAAACACACAUUAUGGAAUCAUACACACAUUAUGGAAUCAUAUACACACAUUAUGGAAUCAUACACACAUUAUGGAAUCAUAUACACACAUUCUGGAAUUCAUCAUAACAAGGCUUUUACUACUAGUGCACCUAGUUUUACCUGGUCAGGUAAACAGUAACAUGUGUUAAGUUUACUACAUAUUAUCUGUGGAACUUAAUGUAAAGUGGUAAAAUAAUUUGACAGAUUAAAUCGCAUCGCAUUGGUGUGUGUCCCACUAUCUGUGUUGCAUUAUACAUAUAGGAGUGUGUCCAGAGGGCAUGGCCUACAUGAGCAAGGAGCAGUGCCAGGCUCACGGUGGUGCGUGCCCACGGGUGUGUAUGGACAUGACAACAGAGGUGGAGUGUGCCACGGAGUGUUACGACGGAUGCUACUGUGCCCUGGGACUCUACCUGCUCAACAGCACUUGUGUGCCCCUCACCCAGUGCCCAUGCUACUACCAGGGAGAGAUGUACCCAGGAGGAGCUGGUGUGAAACUGGACGAUUGCAACAACUGGUACUGCCUUAGAAUAAACUAAAAAAUAAUGUUAUUUAAAAUGAAAAAAAUAUGAAAAAGUAUAGUAUUGGGCCUUUUUCAGUAGUUGAGGGCAGCAGGUAUUCAGAGAAAGUUUUAAAAACCCUGUGGGAAUUCCAUCUAUGCAUCCUUUUUUUUCUUUUGUCCUUAGCACCUGCCAUAAUGGAGAGAUGAUCUGUGAAACAGCGCCCUGCGCUGGUGAGUGUGGUACAAUGCAGCCUACUCAUGACAUAUUGUUGAUGAUGAAUUUCAUCAAAUAUGUUCACUCAGUAUUCCUCAGGAAAGUGCGGCCCUGGUCGGAUUGAAGCCGGCACCCCAAACAAUCAAGAGAGACUGUCAACCUCUCUCUCUCUGUCUCUCUCUCUCUCUCUCUCUCUCUCUCUCUCUGUGUCUCUCUUUCUCAGUGGACUGUGGCUGGAGCAGCUGGACCCAGUGGAGCGCCUGCAGCAGGACGUGUGACGUGGGCGUGAGGAGGCGGUACCGCUCGGGGACCAAUCCACCGGCUGCGUUCGGGGGGCGUGUCUGCAGGGGCGACAGGGUGGGGAUGGACACCUGCAGUCUGGAGCCCUGUCAGGGUAGGGGAGGUGACAGACAGACACCAUCGUUACACUCCUACAAUAGGCUGGUUCAUUUCAAUGGCUCCUACAGGUGUUUUCUUGUUUUCUUGUUACAAUCUCAUUACAAUAUACAAUAUAAAUAGAAUGAGUAGGAAUGACAUACAGUAGAUCUAAAUCCCACAUGGGUUACGACGGUGAUGGUGCAAUAGAAAUAAUUCAGAGAGAUGAUGUGAAUAUUGCAUAUUGUAUGGCCACUGGUCCACAUACCUAUACUUAUGCUGGAAAUGUCUCACCCACAAUGUCUACAUCAAUGUGUGUGUGUGUGUGUGUGUGUGUGUGUGUGUGUGUGUGUGUGUGUGUGUGUGUGUGUGUGUGUGUGUGUGUGUGUGUGUGUGUGUGCCUAUGCCAGGUGUGAAGGAGCCAUGGAGUGUAUGGUCAGAGUGUUCGGUGACGUGUGGAGGGGGGUACAGGAACAGGACACGGGGACCCCAAAGAACCCAUGGUACUGCCCAGCAGUUCUCUGCCUGUAACCUGCAGCCCUGUGGUGAGUACAGAGAGAGCGGGAAGGAGUAACCAGGCUCUGAUCUCCAACUCUGACUUACAGUAUGACCAUGUCUUAUGAGCUUUGAGGAUGUUAUAUUUGGAUAUUCAUGUAUUCCUUUCUUUCUCUUGAUGCUGACACCGAGUGCAACAUCUCUCUCUGAAGCAGACCAGGCCACCUUGAGUACCCUUAUUGAUUCAAGAUCAUAGAUAGGCAUACCAAAAAGACCUACAGACACACUAAAAUGUUCCCAGAAGCGACUAUAUACUGGAACUAUGCUGUAUAUAUCUACGCAGCUAUGCGAUGGUCUUUCACACUUGAUCUGGGGCAGCAGGUAGCCUAGUGGUUACAGCGUUGAAGCGAAUGGUCGCUGAUUCGAAUACCCGAGCCGACAAGGUGAAAUAUCUGUCGACGUGCCCUUGAGCAAGGCACUUAACCCUAAUGCUCCAGCGGUGCCGUACUACUAUGGCUGACCCUGAAAAACAACACAUUUCACUGCACCUAUCCGGUGUAUGUGGCAAUACAUACCUUUUUUUAUGAAGGCUGAAUUUGGUGCCAUGUUUUUGCUGAGCUUCUUUCUUGAUGUUCCUAUGAGUUUUGACUGCACCCCAAAUUGCAUUGAUUGAUUGGUUGAUUGAUUGAGGCGUUGUCAUCUCAUCCAAUCUGUGUUAGGUGAUGGGACGGGCUGUCCUGGGGGACAGGUGUGGACGGUGUGUGUGGAGGGGCCGGUCACCUGCUCUGACAUCAGUAUGGAUUAUGAGAGGAAUUGUACACCGGGCUGUCAGUGUCCACACGGCACUGUCCUGCAGGUCUUUCUGUCUAUGCUCUCACACACACACAUGCAAACUGGACUUGAACAUUGGAUCUUCUGCGUGCCACAAAACUGUGUUAACCCACUGAGCUAAAGCCUGGGCAAUAGCUCAAAGAGAAAACGGACCGUUCUCUGUUUCCUUAGGAUGGCAAGUGUGUGUGGGUGUCUCAGUGUCGCUGUGAUGUGGAUGGGGAGCAGUAUGAACCUGGAGAUGUCGUACCUAGGGACUGCAACAACUGGUAUUGGGAGUUGUAAUACACCUAUACAGUAGUAUACAGUAGUAUACAGAAGCAUACAGUAGCAUACAGUAGUAUACAGUAGUAUAGCAUCACAUAGUAUGUACGUGAAACUAUUUCAUUAUAUUAAACCUGAAUAGACCUCUGACUGUUUCUCUCCUCUCCUUCACAGCACAUGUGAUUCUGGGAGGCUGGUAAACUGCACUCAACUCAGCUGUAAUGGUGAGUAGGGCAUUGGCUUACUAAAAAGUAGAGAGAAGUAGGAGGAAACCACAAGGGGGAAAUUGGUUUUGAUACAGAAAUUAGUUUUUCUCGCAAUUUGCUUUGUAUUUGGUUAUUGUUGCAGUUCCUAGCUUUAACCCAAACCUAACCAUAACCACCCCCUCUCACAGUGGACGGUCAGUGGUCUUCCUGGACCCCCUGGGGCCAGUGUUCAGUGAGGUGUGGACCAGGUCUCCAGUCCCGCUACAGGUUCUGUUCUAGUCCACAGCGGUCUGGGAGUGGUCUGCCCUGUAUCGGACCUGACCACCAAGACCAGCUGUGUAUGACUGCUCCCUGUGAUCGUGAGUAAUGCCUUAAUGAAGUGCUCUCUUUAUAUCUUUGAAUGAUAAAUACAUUACUGAAUUAGGUUACACUUUAUUUGGAUAGUCCGGAUUUUUCAUCUGUAGAUGCUCUACAGAUGGUCAUAUGAUCAACAAACUAUCUGUUGAUAAGCAACUGCUUGCUAAGGUUACGGUUAGGUUUAGAAUAAGGGUUAGGGUAAGGGUUAGGGCUAGGGUUAAGUUUAGGGUUAGGAUAAGGGUUAGGAUAAGGGUUAAAGUUAGGGUUAGAGCUAGGGUUAGUAGAUAGUAAGUUGAAAUGUUACUGAUAAUCUUUACAGAUGGACUAUCUACAGAUGGACUAUCCAAAUUAAGUGUUACCCUGAAUUAUUGACACAUACUAUAUAAUUUGAAGUGGUGGCUUUUACAUUUUUUUAUGGAUUAUCUAUGACGAUUCAGCACACAACCGUUUUUGGAGUAGAAUAAUAAUUUGAUUGAGCAUUAGUCCUGUACAGUACUCACCCUUUUUUUUGUUGCUACUUUGGUUUAGCCUGUGUUGUGUCAUGGUCUUUACAGGUAAUGGUGGCUGGGGGGAGUGGAGCAACUGGACAGACUGCACCAAGUCAUGUGGUGGGGGUGUUCAGAGCAGACGCCGGGAUUGUGAUAGCCCCAGUCCAGAGGGAGAGGGGGACUACUGUGAGGGGCUGGGCACAGAAGUCAUCUCCUGCAACACUGACCACUGUCCAGGUACGCAAUCAGAAUGUAUGUGAGUGUGUGUGUGUUUGUUUGUGUUUGUGUUAAGUGCCACUUUUAUAGUCAUUUGAGAUGGUAAAACAUAUUUUUUUAUUAAACAUGUGAUCUUUAUGACAGAAUGUUAAAAGUAGGUGAAAUUACACUACCCAAGGCACUCUAUUUGUGGAAUGACACAUCAUUUUACUGUUCCACUGUUACAGACAGAGGUGGUAUCAGCUCUAACUAUGCUGUUCCACCACUACAGAGACUUUCUCUGGUAAAAUCCUCAGAUGUUUACUACAAAAGCAGGGAAAGACUCUCUUGGUGAAAUUGUGUGUAAAUGUGUGUAGGUGGGUGUUAUUAACAGGGUCAGAGAAUGACAGCUUUCCUCUUUCCCAGUCCAGCUGCACUCUGAUCCUCUGGGGUCUCAGUCUAUUUGAGAGAGGGACGCUUUGCUCUGAUGAGGAACGAGCUUUAUAUACUCCUUUGUUAUUUUCUACAUGCCAGUGUCCUCUCCUUAAGGCGGUGGCCCCCUUCCACUGGUCAGACUCUGUGGCCACACCAACAGACCAUAAGAUACUGUCCCCAACCUCAACGUCCCAGCUGUGUGUCCCUGAGUUAAAGCCCUCAGAACCCAGAACCGAUCGGUACUUAUCAAAUCUCUCUGGGUUGUCAGGAAGCUGCAGUGUCUCCGUACUAUGUCUCAAACUAAUCAGGUUGUCAGACAGGAUGAGAUGGGGGUGAGCAGUGUUGGGGUCUAGAGUCACAGGAGUGAACUGAAUAAUCUCCUGCAUCUUCUCCCAGACUCUGAACUGCAGGUUGCCCAGGUAUUUGGCCACAUCUAUCAGCGCUCCUGAAACCCUCUCUGGAUCCAUUGGUGUGCACUCCAGAGCUCUUUUCUUUAUAGCCUGGUAAUUCUGUAUAAACGCUAUGUCUUCCCCUCUCAGCUCCACCUUUAUGUCUCUGAUUGUGUCUGAAAGGGAUGAUAUCUCUCUGCUCAUCUCUUCAAUGUUCCUCUUCAUCAUCCGACUCUUCCUCUCCUCUUCCUCCUUCAGUGCAGCAAUCCUGACUACCCUUUCAUCUCUUAAGAACUGGUGAAGUAUUUUAAAUUCCUCCAUGAUCUGUUUUUCUGUGUGCUGGGCCUGGCUUCUGAUGUGCUGUUCUGUUUUAUCGCAAGUUAGUUUCACUGCAUCAAAGACCUUCAGCUUCUCCUGUAAGACCUUCAGCACAGACGUAAGUUCCUCCUUGUAGUUCUGUGCAGCCUCAUCCACGGGACAGAACUUAUGGUUUGCGUGUUUUCUAGAAGUCUGACACACCACACAUGCAGGCUGAUUAUCCUCUACACAGAAGAGCUUGAGUUUCUCACCGUGCAGACUGCAGACCACCUCAGACCCUGCUGAAGCUCCCCCCUCCUCUUUCUGACUUCUCUCCUGUAAGAAGGAUUCACACAGGUUUCUCAGCGCCAGGUUACGGUGAGCUGCUCCUGAGCCAAAUCUUUUCCUGCAUACGGGACAUUCAUUCACUUUUCUUUGUCUCCAAUAUUCCUGUAGGCAUUCAUUACAAUAGCUGUGGCUACAUGACAGGAUGACAGGAUCCUUGAAGAUGUCACAGCACACAGGACAGCAGAGAUUCUCCUCUAGGAGAGACGAUUUAGCAGCCAUUUUCUCUCACCCUCCUCUGGAAUUGCCUUUGACCAGAUAUGUUAACUUUCACUUACUUAAAAUGAAGAGUGAAGUCAACAGCAGCACUUAGAAAGUUUCCCCUAUCAUACACUCUUUUGUUAUUCUCUUCAGACUUUCUAUUUGUCACGCGUAUAUUAUUUAACAGCACUGAAAGUUUCUUUUCCACACUAAAUGAGAGAUCCACGGAGAACUGCUACUGUUGUUCUGUAUUUCCUCAUUCAGGACAGUUUCGUUUCUGGAUUCUUCUUUGGGGUUCUAUGGUGGUUGGCAAUUCCAGCUAAUGUACAGUACCGCCAUCUAGUGGACUGCAAUGUGGAGAAAGAGACUGUGUGUGUGUGUGUGCGUGUGUUCGUGUGUGUGUCCAUGUGUGUUUAUAUGACUGACACUGUGUGUGUUUUCAGUUGCGCCUUGCUCUCAGGUCCCUGGGACAGUGUUCAGUAGCUGUGGCCCCUCGUGUCCUCGCUCCUGUGAUGACCUGUCUGUGAGUGUCACAAAUUGUUUCUAUUUUCCAUAGACAUUAUCUAUACACACAGCUUCUGGCUCUGUCAAUAUCUAUACACACAGCUUCUGGCUCUGUCAAUAUCUAUACACACAGCUUCUGGUUCUGUCAAUAUCUAUACACACAGCUUCUGGCUCUGUCAAUAUCUAUACACACAGCUUCUGGCUCUGUCAAUAUCUAUACACACAGCUUCUGGCUCUGUCAAUAUCUAUACACACAGCUUCUGGCUCUGUCAUUAUCUAUACACACAGCUUCUGGCUCUGUCAUUAUCUAUUCACACAGCUUCUGGCGCUGUCAUUAUCUAUACACACAGCUUCUGGCUCUGUCAUUAUCUAUACACACAGCUUCUGGCUCUGUCAUUAUCUAUACACACAGCUUCUGGCUCUGUCAUUAUCUAUACACACAGCUUCUGGCUCUGUCAUUAUCUAUACACACAGCUUCUGGCUCUGUCAUUAUCUAUACACACAGCGUCUGGCUCUGUCAUUAUCUAUACACACAGCUUCUGGCUCUGUCAGUAAGACGUAGGCAUUUUGCUGACUCCUUUGUUAACUUUGCACGAGGAUGAGUAUGGUGCUGGUGAUGAUCAUUAUGAUAGCAAUAGUUAUGAUGAUGAAGAUGAUUUUUUUUUUUUUUUUUUUUUUUGUCAUUUAGCAGACGCUCUUAUCCAGAGCGACUUACAGGAGCAAUUAGGGUUAAGUGCCUUGCUCAAGGGCACAUCGACAGAUUUUUUUCACCUAGUCAGCUCGGGGAUUAGAACCAGCAACCUUUCGGUUACUGGCACAACGCUCUUACCCACUAAGCUACCUGCCGCCCCAUGAUGAUUAUGUUGAUAGGUAUUAUAAUGAUGAUUAUGCUGAUAAGUAUUAUAAUGAUGAUUAUGUUGAUAAGUAUUAUAAUUAUGAUUAUGUUGAUAGGUAUUAUAAUGAUGAUUAUGUUGAUAGGUAUUAUAAUGAUGAUUAUGUUGAUAGGUAUUAUAAUGAUGAUUAUGCUGAUACUUCUAUUGCUGCUGCUGCUGCAGAUUAUGGGAACACAAAUAAUGCUACACCCCCCCAUAUCCCCCCUCCCCUAUAUCCCCCUCCCCCCCAUAUCCCCCCUCCCCUAUAUCCCCCUCCCCCCAUAUCCCCCCGAUAUCCCCUAUAUCCCACCUAUAUCACCCCCUAUACCCCCUGCCCCCCUGUGCAGCACUGUGAGUGGCUCUGUGAGGCUGGGUGUUACUGCACGGAGGGCAAGGUGCUGUCUUCCAACGGGACAUCCUGUGUUGAGAGAGAAAAGUGCCCCUGUCUGGACCUCAACACCGGCCUGAGAUUGUACCCUGGAGAGAGCACCACUGCCCCCGACAGCUGCAACAACUGGUGAGAGAGAGAGGAGAGGAGGGGGAGAGAUUGGGAAGAGGGGAGCUUUGUCAUGUUGUCUUUUGAUAUGUGUAUAUUGAAGCUUCAAUGGUGUGACAUAGAUUGCGGUAGGCUAAAAGUAGUGGUGGUGUGUGUGUGUGCUUGCUUGUGUUUGUGCGUGUAUUAGGUUGUUAUUGAUGUCAUUUGUGUUUCAGCACCUGCGAGGGAGGGAGGCUCAACUGCACCAGUGACCCCUGUCCAGGUAAGUAAUAGGUACAGUCUGAAUACCCAGUUUCCAUUCACAUUCAAUAUAUACAGUAUAUCACCAAAAGCACAUGGACUCACAUGUAUGUCUGAUCCAUCCUGAGUCUCCCCCACCCCCUCUCCCCUGGUGGAUAGUGUCAGGUGGGUGGUGUGAGUGGUCUGGCUGGACCCACUGUUCUAAGACGUGUGGGGCAGAGUGGGUGUCCAGAUAUCGCAGCUGUGGCUGUCCAGAGCCCAAGGCGGGAGGAGCCCCCUGCCAAGGGGAACAGGAAGUGCACGGUGGGGUGGGAGUACAGAUCCAGAGGCAUCCCUGCCCUGUGGUCACCUUCUGCCCAGGUAACAACAUAGUACUCACGUCAAAGGGUUUGUGACUUAUAGGUAGACAACAUUAUAGUAUGUGGUUAGUGUAAUGGCAUGGAUUUUGCCUUCUCUACCUCCUCCUGUCUCACCUUUUCUCUCUGUCACCUUUCUUUUCUGUUCCUCUACCUCUCUCACCCCACUUGUCAAUUCUGGCCCCUCCCCCUCUUUUGUCUAUUUAUUUCCACCCCCUCUCUCUGUCUCUCUCUCGAUCAGUCCAUGGUUCGUGGAGCCUGUGGUCGGGCUGGUCAGAGUGUGAUGGCUGUGAGGGGGUGUCUGUGAGGACCAGGGAGUGUAACAGUCCUCCUGCCAGGUUUGGGGGUCUGCCCUGCCAAGGGGAGAGCCGGCAGAGCCGCGGCUGCCAUGACAACAUCACCGUCUGCUCAGGUCAGCUGAUGACAUCAUGGGUGACAUUUUGACUGUGCCAAAGUACGGACAUGUUACAAAAAUGUCAUUUCAAAUACUUGAUUCAAAGUGACUUGGAUGUUAUGAUUGGAUUGAAUUUCACUCAAAUCCUGCUGUAGUAAGGAAUAUUGUUGUUUUGAUCUCUGUUUACUCCCAUGAUGCUCCUCUCUUUCAGACUGUGGCAGGGUGCAGGUGGACUGGCCAUGUGGGAAGCCCUGUCCACGCUCCUGCUCUGAUCUCCAUGGCGACACAGAGUGUCUGGACUCUGUGGAGUGCAGUAUGACCUGUGGUUGCUCGGGUGAUCUGGUGCUACAGGACGGCCAGUGUGUGGAGAGGGAGGAAUGUCGCUGUAAAUACCACAACAGCACUACUGGUGAGACCAAUGGAGAACACUUACCUAGACAACAUGUUUUUAACACAACUUCAUUGGUAAUUACUGUCCUACUACUCCUAUUGUUUUUCUCAACUCCUAAUGCUAUACUAAGCUGCAGCGAGGUCAUCAAACAUUUUGAGUCUCUCUCUUUCUCUCUUUCUCUCUCUUCUCUCUCUCUCUCUCUCUCUCUCUCUCUCUCUCUCUCUCUCUCUCUCUCUCUCUCUCUCUCUCUCUCUCUCUCUCUCUCUCUCUCUCUCUCUCUCUCUCUCUAUCCAGGUGGGUUAGACUCUAGUAACACCUCGUGGGUGUGGCCUGGUAGGUCAGAUUGGCAGUUCGCAAAUCCAGGAGAGGCCAUCAUCGCUGACUGUAAAAACUGGUACAGUACACAACCUCAUGUUUCCCCACCGGUAGCAUAGCAUAUAUUAUCAAUACAGUUUUUGUAAUACAGGCCUCGGAAUGUAUUCACAAUCUUCUUUCUCUCCCCUAUCCCGCAGCACCUGUGAGGCGGGUGUUCUCCACUGUCAAUCAGUCCCUGGUUGCCAUGUCGACGGUGGCUGGAGCCAAUGGGGAGGCUGGUCAGAGUGCUCGGCCCCCUGCGGGGGUGGAGUCAAGCUCCGCGUGCGUCAGUGUGAUAACCCCGCUCCUCAGAGUGGGGGGAGGGGCUGUGCGGGCAUGGCUGAACAGCAGAGAGAGUGCAACAACCACACCUGUACAGGUACACACUGGGACAGACUUGGUGGAAACGUAACAUUACAUAUCAUAGUAGACUUCACCCACACAAUGUUGAAUGGUGAUGAUGCAUACACUACCUUUGAACAGAUUGCAUUAUAUACAACCCCCCCAAGACAUAUUUCUUGGCAUACAGUAAUGUACUUGAUACUACCUUACUACCUCCAAAAUACCAUGGUACCUGAUGUCCCCUCUCUGGUGUUGUGCCCUCAUCCAGACUCUGGUCACUUUCUGACCUGGUCCCCCUGGUCCCCCUGGUCUGUGUGCUCAGUGAGCUGUGGAGGAGGGGAACAGUCUCGUACCCGUCUCUGCAGCUUCCCGCCCUGCUCUGGCAUGAGGAGGCAGAGCAAGACCUGUAACACACAGGUCUGUCUCGGUGAGUACAUGUAGAUGUUACACGUGUUCCUGUGUGGUUCAGUUGGUAAGAGCCUGGUCGCGUGGUGCUAGUAACGCCAGGGUUGUGGGUUCGAUUCCCCGAUAAAUAGCAGACCGUGAGAUAAAAUACAGUUCAAAUUCCCUUGCUGCAGCUACCACUGGCACCCAGUGUAAGAAUCCUUGUCCCUGUAGAGUCCAUGUACUGUACCUGUAGUAGAUAGCUCAGUGUUUUUUGUGGUAAGGUGCACAGUAGCUCAGGGAGCAGCCAAUUAGAUGGCACUGUGUCAUUUAGACUCACACCCCCGAUGACUACCCAUUGUAGGACCACAGGGCCUUGCAAGGUGUGAAGGUGUUUUGGGCCAUGCCGCAACAUUUUGUUUGAGUUAUACUUCCUGCUUGCGUUCAUUCAUCCACUACCCAGAGCCAAUGGAAGUAAAUGGCUGUGUCUGAAAUGGCACCCUAUUCCCUAUGUUUAUAGUGUACUACUUUUGACCUUGGCCCAUAGGACUCUGGUCAAAAGUAGUGCUCUAUAUACGGAAUAGGAUGCCAUUUCAGACGCAGUCAAUCACUAAUAUGACCAACAUGUGGUGCCAGAGUGAAGGAUAACUACAUAGUAACGCCAGGAAAUGCAGCGUUGAAGUGAAAUGCCUCUUAAAGUGAAAUAGCUCGGCGGCGGUGGAGUAGUCUUCAUUUUUCACUCUGGCUUCCCCUUCUGUCUCCUCAUUGGGGCUAUUUUUGGGUUCUGUGUGUCGUUACUAUGAGUGAUAGUCCUCUGAGAAUUGAGCCUCUCGUUCCAGCUCGGACUGAGUCAGAGUCAAUCUGUUGAAUGGAAAAAGAUUUGCUGCCGGGACGAAUAGAACAUUUCUCUCCACAUUUACAAUAGUAGUGGUGAAAAUAGUAGUGGUAUUACUAAUAGUAGUAACUAUAUCCAAGGUGGGAGUAGAGGUACUAGACAGAAGUAGUUGUUGUAGUAAAGGUAGUAUCAGUAAUAGUGAUUAAUUUUGUAUUUUAGAAAAAAUAUUUUUAUACUACACUGCUCAAAAAUAUAAAGGGAACACUUAAACAACACAAUGUAACUCCAAGUCAAUCACACUUCUGUGAAAUCAAACUGUCCACUUAGGAAGCAACACUGAUUGACAAUAAAUGUCACAUGCUGUUGUGCAAAUGGAAUAGACAACAGGUGGAAAUUAUAGGCAAUUAGCAAGACACCCCCAAUAAAGGACUGGUUUUGUAGGUGGUGACCACAGACCACUUCUCAGUUCCUAUGCUUCCUGGCUGAUGUUUUGGUCACUUUUGAAUGCUGGCGGUGCUUUCACUCUAGUGGUAGCAUGAGACGGAGUCUACAACCCACACAAGUGGCUCAGGUAGUGCAGCUCAUCCAGGAUGGCACAUCAAUACGAGCUGUGGCAAGAAGGUUUGCUGUGUCUGUCAGCGUAGUGUCCAGAGCAUGGAGGCGCUACCAGGAGACAGGCCAGUACAUCAGGAGACGUGGAGGAGGCCGUAGGAGGGCAACAACCCAGCAGCAGGACUGCUACCUCCGCCUUUGUGCAAGGAGGAGCAGGAGGAGCACUGCCAGAGCCUUGCAAAAUGACCUCCAGCAGGCCACAAAUGUGCAUGUGUCUGCUCAAACGGUCAGAAACAGACUCCAUGAGGGUGGUAUAAGGGCCCGACGUCCACAGGUGGGGGUUGUGCUUACAGCCCAACACCGUGCAGGACGUUUGGCAUUUGCCAGAGAACACCAAGAUUGGCAAAUUCGCCACUAGCGCCCUGUGCUCUUCACAGAUGAAAGCAGGUUCACACUGAGCACGUGACAGACGUGACAGAGUCUGGAGACGCCGUGGAGAACGUUCUGCUGCCUGCAACAUCCUCCAGCAUGACCGGUUUGGCGGUGGGUCAGUCAUGGUGUGGGGUGGCAUUUCUUUGGGGGGCCGCACAGCCCUCCAUGUGCUCGCCAGAGGUAGCCUGACUGCCAUUAGGUACCGAGAUGAGAUCCUCAGACUCCUUGUGAGACCAUAUGCUGGUGCUGUUGGCCCUGGGUUCCUCCUAAUGCAAGACAAUGCUAGACCUCAUGUGGCUGGAGUGUGUCAGCAGUUCCUGCAAGAGGAAGGCAUUGAUGCCAUGGACUGGCCCGCCCGUUCCCCAGACCUGAAUCCAAUUGAGCACAUCUGGGACAUCAGAUGCUUUAGUCCAGGUCUGGGAGGAGAUCCCUCAGGAGACCAUCCGCCACCUCAUCAGGAGCAUGCCCAGGCGUUGUAGGGAGGUCAUACAGGCACGUGGAGGCCACACACACUACUGAGCCUCAUUUUGACUUGUUUUAAUGACAUUACAUCAAAGUUGGAUCAGCCUGUAGUGUGGUUUUCCACUUUAAUUUUGAGGGUGACUCCAAAUCCAGACCUCCAUGGGUUGAUAAAUUUGAUUUUCGUUGAUAAUUUUUGUGUGAUUUUGUUGUCAGCACAUUCAACUAUGUAAAGAAAAAAGUAUUUAAUAAGAUUAUUUCAUUCAUUCAGAUCUAGGAUGUGUUAUUUUAGUGUUCCCUUUAUUUUUUUGAGCAGUGUAUAUACAAGUAUUUCACAAUGAAACUCUACGCACACAUUGAUCAUUGCUCUCCUGUCUGCCCAUCUUACCCAAACCUCUGCCUUGGUACCAGAGGUGGGUUGCCCCCCGGGUCGUCUGUACAGGGAGUGUGUGCGGGGCGAGGGAUGCCCCUUCAGUUGUGCCCAGGUCAGUGGGCGAGAGGGCUGCUACUCUGAGGGCUGCGAGGAGGGGUGCCACUGCCCCUUGCAGACCUUCCAGCACAACAGAGCCUGUGUACAGGUCAGCUACAGUGGUUAUUUAAUGUGUAUUUCAGAUGAAUGAAAGGUUACUUCAUGAGAAUUUCAUAUGAAUAAACGGUUAUUUCAAGCGUAUUUCGAAUGAAUGAAAACUUUAUGUUAGUGUUUUUCUGAUAAGUAAAAGGUUAUAACAAGUGUAUUCCACACGAAAAAACUGUUACUUCAUAUGUAUUCCACACAAAUAAACAGUUACUUCAUAUGUAUUCCACAUGAAUAAACAGUUACUUCACAUGUAUUCUACAUUAAUAAACAGUUACUUUAUAUGUAUUCCACAUGAAUAAACAGUUACUUUAUAUGUAUUCCACAUGAAUAAACAGUUACUUAAUGUAUAUUGAAUAAGGGAGCUAGUAAACCAAGCACUGUGUUUCAUGUUUAGGAGUGCCCCUGCCUGGUGGACAAGGAGCUCCUGACCUCACUACAGAAUGUUUCUGUGACCCCAGUGUUGGCCCACCAUAACCUAACCCAGGGGGACGCGUUCCAGUCUGGGGAAACGUUCAUAUACGACUGCAGUGUCUGGUGGGUGAGAGAGAUACACCACAUCACACAAAUAAGCACAAAUAUGUUCUUUAAAAGCUAUUUGUUGUUUUUAGAGUGCACUGUUACUCCCACAUCAGGUGCUAUGAAUGUUUGGUUUACAAUAUAGCUUGAACCCUUGUGGCACACAAUGGGACUGAGAGGUGUCAUAACGUGACUUUCAUUAUUGUGAUGACUAUUAUAUCGAAUAAUUACCUACUAUGUUUAAUUGUUACUAGAUUAAAUGAAUCAUGUAACAAUUAACUCAUUAGGAAUUUGGGGCACCACGGGAAAAGUUGUUUAACGAGUUACCGUUUCCCAAAUUAACUCUAAAGAUAUCUAGAUAUCUCUUAUCAUUUAACAGUCAUUUAGUAAUAAUUUACCUCAUAUCAGUCUCAUUCUGAAAGCCGUAGGCUCUUUAAGUCUGCACGAACCCGGGUCUUACUGAUCAUUCCAUACCACACAAAUUGAUUUAAUUAUUUAUUUACUAACUAAUUAAAAAUGAUAACACAAGAUACAAACACGUACACGGUAUAGGUAGGGAUUAUAAACUUAAUACAAUGAAAAUGGGUCCCUAGCGUACUACCACAAUAUGACACUUGUUACAAUAGAUUGCGAGUUAAAGAGAGAGAGAGAGAGAAAACACUUGGAUACACAUGGAUCUACGCACACAGUAAUCCUAAUACUCUGCCCCAAACUGCCGCCCGUUUGGGAAGAAAAGCAAUGCAUGUAUUUACGUGUUGGAGGUCUUCGUCAUGUAUCUCUGUUGGAUCCAGGCCUUCAUGUGAAGGGGUCGAUUGGGCCUUCUCUUUCGGAUGGCCUUUUAGAUGUAAGGCUCAGAUUGACAAGAGGUCACAAUGACCUUCUUCUUAGUUGUCUGUUUACUUUCACUCGUUCUGGAAGUGGUCUUCUGAGGACGGUUAAUCAGCCGUGUCGAUGAUCCCCUGUGGGAUGAUGAGAGCAGUGUAGUAGACGAUGGCUUGAAGAGAGUAACAGGAUGGUCCCACUUAAAUUCACCUUCUUAGAUACAGUACAUAGAACAGCUACUCAGCCGUAACAUUGAUUGUUAGUGGAGGCAACUUUGUUGUCUUCACCUCGUGUUGAUUUUCAGGGUCGGGACCAAUAUGGACAAAAGCUGCAGCUUGAGGUCUGUCUAGUCUGAUCUGAUCAUUCAUAUCUCAAUCUUUUAUGCACUCUGGUAAAGAGGGGCAUUUCCAUCAUACUGACACGCUCUCUGAGCUCCCUCGGGCGUGGCUAGUUACGAGGCAAAAGUAUUAUCAUCACUAUGAUUUUGUUAGAAAGCUAAAAUCGCAUUCCUAUCUUCAGGAAAAUAUUGUCUUCCUCCUUGAUAUUUUCUACCCAAGGUAAAGGAUGUAAGCCUGAUAUACACAGUGUAAAAGCUCUUCAAGUCACAAUGUUUUUGUUAUAACGCCUUUAUACAAUUUUUUAUGACAUCACAAAAUAGACAUUAAUUUUCCAUAUUCCAUUUCUCAUCAUUCCCAACGUUUGGAUGUUGAAAUAUAUUGUCCCAGUGUUCAUUGUUGGAUGUUGAAGUUUUUGGGCGGCAAAAAGUAUCUGAAACAAAGGCAUUCCUUUCACCAUACUAGAGUGCCAGAUAUAUAUUCUCCUCCUCUCUAAUUUAUGGCAGGAUUAAGGUGUCUAGACCGGCACAGCCAAAUCAGAGUCAGGCAGGUACAGAACGGCAGGUAAUCGGUAGGUCAAGACUGUCACGGUUUCGGCCGAGGCUGCCUCUCUCCCUUGUUCGGGCAGGUUUCGGCGUUCGUCGUCUCCGGAAUUCUAGCUGCCACCGCUGUUUGUUUCUUGUUCGUUUGCUUUGGUCUGUUUGUUUUCACACCUGUUUCUGUUUUGGCGUAAUGAGUGUCCUAUAUGUUUCUCGUUGUGUUUGUCCAGUGUUGUGUGUAAUUGAUUUUCCGUCAGUUGUGUGUGUUGCUCGGUUGAGCUUCUCUCCAUUAUACUGGAGUAUUUCCGCACCUGUUUGUGCGUGGUUACUAUUUGGUCGCACCUGUUUGUGCGCGGUUACUAUUUUGUCGCACCUGUUUUGUGCGCAGUUUCUUUUCGCCUUCGUGCGUAAUUGUUGCCUCCGGGCAAAGUUUCUAUGUGCCUUGGUUUGGCCUAAAAUACAAGCCUUUGGGAAUAUCGUUCUGAGUCCUGCGUUUGAUUCCACUAUUACACCUGCCGCACGCCUGACAAAGACAGGCAAAGGGUCGGGAAGACUAAGAAAAACAAACUAGAGCACAGGAAACACGGGAACACGCUGGUAGGACUUGACGAACUGGCAACAGACAAACAGAAAGCACAGGUAUAAAUACACAGGGGAUAAUGAGGACAAAUGGGAGACACCUGGUGGGGGGGUGGAGACAAGCACAAGACAGGUGAAACAGAUCAGGGUGUGACAAGGACAUAAAGUUAAUUUCAUUUUUUGCAGUGCCUUGUUGCAAACAGGAUGCAUGUUUAUUCUGUAGAGGCUUCCUUCUUUUCACUCUGUCAUUUAGGUUAGUAUUGUGGAGUAACUACAAUGUUGUUGUUUUAUCCUAUCACAGCCAUUAAACUCUUUAACUGUUUGAAAGUAACCAUUGGCCUCAUGGUGAAAUCCCUGAGCGGUUUCAUUCCUCUCCAGCAACUGAGUUAGGAAGGACGCCUGUAUCUUUGUAAUGACUGGGUGUAUUGAUACACCAUCCAAAGUGUAAUUUACAACUUCACCAUGCUCAAAGGGAUAUUUAAUGUCUGCUUUUUAAAUGUUUUACACAUCUACCAAUAGGUGCCCUUCUUUGCGAGGCAUUGGUAAACCUCACUGGUCCUUGUGGUUGAAUGUGUAAAAAAAAAAUAGUUCCACUUUGACUUGAUGGGGUAUUGUGUGUAGGGCAGUGACAAAAAAUCUCAAUUUAGUCCAUUUUAAAUUCAGACUGUAACACAACAAAAUGUGUAAAAGUUCAAGUUGUAUAUAUAUAUAUAUAUAUACAUACAUAGUUACAGGCCUAGUUGAACUAUUCACAGCACUUACCUAACUUAUAGGUUCUCCCGAGUGGCGCAGUGGUCUAAGGCACUGCAUAGCAGUGCUACCUGUGCCACUAGAGAUCCUGGUUCGAAUCCAGGCUCUGUCGUAGCCGGUCGCGACCGGGAGACCCAUGUGGCGGCGCACAAUUGGCCCAGCGUCGUCCAAAGUAGGGGAGGGAAUGACCGGCAGGGAUGUAGCUCAGUUGGUAGAGCAUGGCGUUUGCAACGCCAGGGUUGUGGGUUCGAUUCCCACGGGGGGUAUGAAAGAUAAAAAAUAAAAAAAAUAAAAAAACGAACUAACUGUAAGUCGCUCUGGAUAAGAGCGUCUGCUAAAUGACUAAAAUGUAAAAUGUAUGUAAAUGUUAUUUUUUUACCCUCCUGUCUGCCUGUAGCGAGUGUCAACAUGGUUUGUGGAACUGUUCCUUGGAACCGUGCCCUAUAGACGGGGGUCUGUCCCCCUGGGGCCCCUGGAGCCCCUGCUCCCUGUCCUGUGGGGGCCUGGGCCUAAAAACCCGCACCCGAACCUGCAGCCACCCAGCCCCAGCCUACGGGGGCAGAGACUGCCUGGGGCCCCGGCAAGAGAGCACCUACUGUCAGGCUCCGGACUGCCCAGGUACUGAACUGUACUCUCCAGGAAUGUAAUACCAUCAUGUAAGAAAUAUACUAAAAUAUGACAUUAACUUAUAUGUUGUGUAAUCCUUUUUACAGUGAUCAUCGGCCCCACAGAAGAGCCGUCUCUACCAGGUAAUUCAACACUCCACACACCACAGGGCUUCCUUACUCUAGAGACCUCUGUCUGUCUCACUAUUGAAGCUCCCCACUCUCUCGCUCUCACUUCUAUCUACAGUAUGAACUAUUCUGUUCUAUGAACUCCUUAAUUGUACAAUAAAGACUUGUUAAGGCUCAAUUGAUCUCCCUCCCUCCCUCCCACUAUCCCUCCUCCCUGUAGAUGAGAAUGCAGGCUUCUCUCAGUGGUCGUCAUGGACCACCUGCUCUCGGUCGUGUAGCGAUUCCCUGACCCCGGCCCUCAAGUCCCGUCAGAGGCGCUGUGUCAGACCCCCCUGCUCAGGGGACACCCAUCAGGAGAAGGCCUGCAACCUGCCCCAGUGUCCUGGUAAUGUCCCCUUUCUUCCCCAACCCCAUAUCCUGAUGUCCAGCUACUGUUCCCUCAGAUAUGCUCUAAUGCAGUAGCCCUAUGUGUAUUUUCUCUUGGGUUGAAUGUGUCCUUUUUCAGUACAGUAGGGAAGUGAAAAAAUACAAACAUUUUAAGCAUGGAUCAGUGGAGGCUGCUGAGGGGAUGACGGCUCAUAAUAAUGUCUGGAAACCAUGUGUUUGAUGUAUUUGAUACCAUUCCACUAAUUCCACUCCAGCCAUUCCCAUGAGCCCGUUCCCCCCAAUUAAGGUGCCACCAACCUCCUGUGGCAUGGAUGUAUAAUGUAAAUUAUGCUGCAGGCCUAAGUGCUCCUUCUUAAUCUCAUUCAUGUUAGCAGUGUCCCUUAUAUUGAAAUACAACAGUCCUCACUAUCAUGUAUGUCUGUCUUUUGCUGUGUGUGUUACCAGAUGGCGGUGGGGUGUGUGUGGGGGAUGACUGUGCCCAGAGGAACUGCACGUGGAUGGAGUGGGGCGAGUGGGUGGCGUGCUCGCGCUCCUGCGGCGUGGGUCAGCAGCAGAGGUUACGCACCUUCCUGACCCCCGGGGUCAAUGGUUCCUGGUGUGAUGACAUCCUUGGGGGUAACCUGGAGAAUCGCUUCUGUAACAUAAAGGCCUGUCGAGGUUGGUGGACCGACACUGUUAUAGACACAGCUACUGUACAUGCUGUUUGUGUUCGUUAACAGGGGUUGAAUUGCAAUUAUGUACUGUCCACUAAAAUGUUUUGCCAUUCCAAACUUAUUUCAUCUGAUAUGAAUGUGUGGAAAUGAAUCACUUCUUAAUAGUCACUCAUAUAUCUGAAAGCAUUUGAUAGAUAAGCACAGGGUCUAGGGUUGAUUUUGUGCCCCAGAGUAGAGGCAUAUUUAAAGGACCCUCUCUCUGUGUGUCAGUGGACGGAGGCUGGUCUCGCUGGAGCCCCUGGUCUCGCUGUGACAAGCGCUGUGGGGGCGGGCGUUCCAUCCGAACCCGCUCCUGCUUCAGCCCCCCGCCCAAAAAUGGUGGGCGCAAGUGUGAGGGAGAGAAGAACCAGGUGAAACCCUGCAACACCAAACCCUGUGGUAAGACCGAUCUCUCUCUCUCUCUCUCUCUCUCUCUCUCUCUCUCUCUCUCUCUCUCUGCUCUCUCUCUCUCUCGCUCUCUGUAUCUCUCUCUCACCUCAGUCACCGACUGAUAAAAAAAAAAGAUGGAUGGAUGGAGAAGUGUUUUUAACCAUACUUAGCCAUGCUGUACUAUCAUAAAUCUGUCUCUCUCCCAGAUGAGAAGGGUUGCCCAGCGGGUCAGGAGUUUGUGCCCUGUGCCAACGAGUGUCCUCAACGCUGCUCAGACCUCCAGCAGGGCAUCCAGUGCCAGGGCAACACAGAGUGCCAGCCUGGGUGCCGCUGCCCUAAAGGCUAG